CUGAAUCAAAAAAUCUUCUUUUCUUCUUUCUUCUUACCCAUCAUGCAUCUCGUGAUUUUCAUUCUCACCAUCAUACUUUUCACAACUUUUCCCCACUUCCAUUCUCAACCCCUUAAACCACCAGACUAUUUCACAUCCCCAAACACCGUCCCUUCCUUUCCAGUCCAAACGGGUGUCCAACCUUGCAAAUUGGACUUAUCCGCCGAACUAUUCGGUGGAGUCAACGCAGCCUGCGGUCAAAACCUUGACCGCAGCCGCUGCUGUCCUGUCCUUGCUGCAUGGCUGUUCGCAGCCCAUGCAAGGACAGCACUAGAAGUAAAAAUUACCAACAAUUCUUCAACUGCUUCAACUGAAGUAAUGCCAAUGAUGCCUGAUGACUCUCAAAAAUGUGUUAACUCUUUGCAAAGCUCAUUAGUAGCAAGAAACAUACAUAUUCCUAGACCUAAUGCAUCCUGCGACGCCGUUUUGUGUUUUUGUGGAAUACGUUUGCAUCAGAUUAGUUCGCUUAGUUGUACGUCAGCUUUUAAUAUUACGUCAGCUUCAAGGAAUGCUACACCAACCGCUGCUGUUAAGAACUUGGAAAAGAAUUGCCGGAAUUCAUCUUACUCUGGUUGUACUAAAUGCCUUGGAGCUUUACAAAAGCUAAACGGGGAGGGUAAAAAUGGAACAACAAAAACAAAAAGCGACAGAAGAAGCAAGAUGUUGACCAGGGAUUGUCAACUGAUGGGACUGACAUGGCUACUAGCAAGAAACAAGACUGCAUACAUACCAACUGUUUCUGCCGUUUUACGUGCCAUUUUGUACACUAGCACUAGUAGUGCACCACACCACCCUCAAAGUAAACCCACUUGUAGCCCUGAUCAAGAAAACAUGCCUUUGGCUGUUGAUUCGUUACAGUUUGAAAAAUCCGACUCCUUUUCUUCUUCUUGUGACUCGAUCUUGUUGACAUUUUUUUGGUUACGUGCGGUUGUUGUAAUCAUGAUAUUGCCCCUGAUGAUGCUAAAUGCAUUUUAAUUAGUUGAUAAUAAGAUUAGGAAAAGGGGGGUCACGUGAAGCUUUAGUUGACACUUAUUGGGUUCUACUGUGUAUGUAUAUUAUUGGGACUUGUCCAUCCUCUUUUUUGUAUUGGAUUCUAGUUAGCAAAAAAGUUCAAUUUUUGGGACUCUCUGUCACCUUCCUUUUA